AUGUAUUUACCCCUCUCUCCCCCUCCCCCUCACCCAUCUUUCCUUCACCCCUCUCCCCUCUCCCCCUCUCCUCUCCUCUCUCCCCCUCUCCCCCUCCCCCUCACCCAUCUUUCCUUCACCCCUCUCCCCUCUCCCCCUCUCCCUUCUCCCCCUCCCCUCUCCCCCUCACCCCUCUCCUCCUCUCCCCUCUCCUCCUCUCCCCUCUCCUCCUCUCCCCUCUCCUCCUCACCCCUCUCCCCCCCUCCUCCCUCUCCUCCUCCUCACCCCCUCACCCCUCCCCUCCUCUCCCCUCUCCUCCUCACCCCCUCACCCCUCUCCUCCUCUCCCCCUCACCCCUCUCCUCCUCACCCCCCUCCUCCCUCUCCUCCUCACCCCUCUCCCCCUCUCCUCCUCACCCCCUCACCCCUCUCCCCCCUCCUCCCUCUCCCCCUCCCCUCCUCUCCCCUCUCCUCCUCACCCCCUCACCCCUCUCCUCCUCUCCUCCUCACCCCUCUCCCCCCUCCCCCCUCUCCCCCUCUCCUCCUCACCUCUCUCCCCCUCUCCCCUCUGCUGCCACCCAGGAGCUGUGGAGGAAUAACUGCCUCAUUCAGUCUCUCCCAAAACAAACACGUGAGUCAGAAGAACCACAGACACUGGAGACUUUUUACCAACGGCAGAAGUUUUUACACGAGAGAGAAUGAAUGGAUGAAAGUGAAAGUUAGGUACUUUUCAGAGCAGAUGGAGAUGGAGAGACGUAUAUCGAUUUCAAACGCCAUCUAG